GCAUGCUGGGUGGGGCCUAUUUAGCCGGCAGGGGCACCAGUCUGGAGACCCUAAGCUUGGUCUUUCUGCCCCAGGACCGUCAACAAUACCAGCCACAAGAUUCUGAUCUCCUCCCGAAGGUGCCCCGGCCUCACAAUGAUGACCGAAGAGCACACGGAUCUGGAGGCACGGAUCAUCAAGGACAUUCACUGCAAGGAGAUAGACUUGGUGAACAGAGACCCCAAGAACAUCAAUGAGGACAUUGUGAAGGUGGAUUUUGAAGAUGUGAUUGCGGAGCCCGAGGGCACUUACAGCUUCGAUGGUGUGUGGAAGGUGAGCUACACCACUUUCACCGUCUCCAAGUACUGGUGCUACCGCCUGCUGUCUACACUGCUGGGUGUUCCACUGGCCCUGCUCUGGGGAUUCCUGUUCGCCUGUAUCUCCUUCUGCCACAUCUGGGCCGUGGUGCCCUGCAUUAAGAGCUACCUGAUCGAGAUCCAGUGCAUCAGCCACAUCUACUCACUGUGUAUCCGCACCUUCUGCAACCCGCUCUUUGCCGCACUGGGCCAGGUCUGCAGCAACAUUAAGGUGGUGCUGCGAAGGGAAGGCUAAAGCCGGGCUGGGCUGUGGGGAAGGCUGGGCAGGGGGAAUAGGGCCAGGUGUGCACCCAUGGCUCUGCUCCACAUGGGCUGCUGGAGAGCUCUUGCUUUUAAGAUUCCCCUCAGUUCCACCUCAAAAUGGGAGUACAUGGUGCAGGGGAGCCAAAAGGAAAAGACAGCCCAGUGUGGAAACUGCUCAGCCUACCAUGAUCCCCAGCGACCCUGCCUGAGCGGAGGGUUCCUUAAGAGGCAGCUAUCACAAGGCUUUGUGAUCACAUGUACUGUAAGAGCACAAACCAGCACCAGUCGUCUAGAGGGGUAACCCGUCUCCUCAUGCUAGGGAGAGCAAGCGGUGACUUCCAGCAUGAGGAAGGGGCUGCAAUAAAGGGUUUCGGCUGCACCAGGGAACACUAUGCUCUGUGUCUGUAAGGUGGUUGUGUGUCCUUUUCUAGUCCUGAAACCCAAAAACUUCAGUUGGUCCUCUGGGCAAAUACCAGAACUAAGUUUUGUUUCCUUCAGGAUUCUACUUGUUUGCUGGGCAUAAAUAGGGUUUCCCAUACGAGGAGAUUGUUUUCAAAUGACUUCUGCUGUCUCUGAGGCAGCUGAGGUGGACUGAGGGCAGGUGAGCAUUCCCGGGCACUGCUGAAAAUGGGUCCCAACUUCAGACCCCAGAGGAAUCCCCGCUCUGGCUCAGACACGGAGCGGGGAACACACUGGGCCUUGCCAUGCAGCUUGUGCGCACCACCAGCCGUAAUAAACACCAUGAAUGCAGAG